AUGAAGCAGUUCGUGGUGUUCGCUAGUGUGUGCUGUGUCCUGCUGGCAGGACGUGUUGUGUUGUCGGCACCGGCCCCCCAGCAGGCCGGAGCAGGCGCCGGUGGGUCCAACAAUGUGGAAACGUUGAAAUAUUACAGCGAAAACAAUGGACCGGAUGGUUACAGGUUCAAUUACGAGCUGAGCGAUGGACAGAUCCGUUCGGAAGUCGGUACCUACCGGGACGUGAAGGAUGCGGAGGGCAAGGACGUGAAGGCGUUGUUCGUGCAGGGUUCGUACUCGUUCGUUGGCCCCGAUGGGCAGACGUACUGGGUGAACUAUACCGCCGAUGAGAACGGUUACCAUCCGAAGGUCGGCACCGGUCCAACGGGUGGAAUUCAACCGGGACAGGAAACGCCCGUAACCAGCGCUUAG